AUAUAUUCCCUGCGGCAACGCAUUAUUCUGGGAAUGGGAACGUCGUUCUCCCACCAUCGUCCAUGGUUUGUUUGGUGGAGCUGAGAGGCGGACAGCCGCAGUGCAGCAGCGGCGGCAGCAGCAGCAGUGCCGGGUUAUAAACGUGGGAAGUAACUCCCAGGCGGUGUUCAACGUGCAAGUUCCCUUAUUUUGGCCAAUGCUUUGCUGCGCUACAGCAUGACCACAGCAGUGUCGGCUCAUCUGGUAGUUCUGGCAAAUGAAAAUGGAGGAGGUUUCAAUGUCCAGCCUGGACAACAGCAAGCUGGAGGGCCUAGCUCAGGACAUCCUGUCUGACUUGGUGGAGGAUGCAUGCCUGGGUCUUUGCUUCGAGGUCCACCGGGCCGUCAAGCAGGGCUAUUUCUUCCUGGAUGACACGGACCAAGAAAGCAUGAGGGACUUCGAAAUUGUGGACCAGCCGGGAUUGGACGUUUUUGGGCAGGUGUACAACCAGUGGAAAAACAAAGAGUGUGUAUGUCCCAACUGCAGCCGAAGCAUUGCUGCCUCACGCUUUGCUCCACACCUGGAGAAAUGCCUGGGGAUGGGACGCAACAGUAGCCGCAUAGCCAACCGCAGAAUAGUCACUGGUAACAACACUAACAACAAAUCAGAGAGUGACCAAGAGGAUAAUGAUGACGUCAAUGAUAAUGACUGGUCUUAUGGGGCAGAAAAGAAAGCCAAGAAAAGAAAAUCUGAUAAGAAUCCAAACUCACCCAGAAGAUCCAAAUCAUUCAAGCAUAAGAGCAGCAUGAUGGGUCCUAGACGUCGUAUGGACAACCAGGAGAGCCCGCGCAUGCUGAUGAAAGAUGAGGCAUUCCCUCAAUAACACACUCAGUUGCAAACACACAUUCUCUUACCAUCAUGUGUGUGCACAUACACACAAACACACGUACGGGAAGACCAAUAACACUUCACCUUUGGUUCUCUAUGAUGUGAUAUCAAUGGACGUUGAUGUUAUAGGUGACAUUUAUGGUGUUUGCUGCUCUGCAGAAGCAGUCCAGACCUCCCACUGUAUACUUGAUAGAUUUUUUUUUUUUUCACAAAAUCAUCAUACCAACACUCAUUUUUUCUUCUUUUAUUCAGUUAAUUUUGUUUUAGAUGUUUUUGCUGGAGUCCAAAAUAAUGAAUAUCAACAUGUACAAUUUCACUGCACAGAGAUAGAUAAUGGUGUAUUUCAUUGAGUGGCCAAGCAGAGGCAGCUGUGUGCACAUACAGUAUGUUGUUUCUUAAUAUAAAGAAAUGAUUAGGUGUUUGGUGUACUUAUAUUUCCUCAGCUGAUUUAAAAAAAAUAAAUCUCAUUCUAUGGAAAAUAAGAGUUAGAGUUAAAGACAACCUUUACUAAUGGUUUGUCUUUUUAUUUUCACAUUCACUGUCAGGCGCAUAGUUCUCCAGUUGAAUUACAGUACAGUGUGUGUGAGAAAUGCAGCUCUCAGUUUGUCAUUCACCUGUGGAAACCCUAAUUGUACAAGCAGGUUUUUACUGCAGAAGGCAGGUUUCUUUUUGUUUCAUUUUUGGUGGAUAGAUCAGCUUGUUUUCUAGCAUUCAAAUAUGUCUUUGUAUCAUGUGUUUACAUUGUAAAGGGUUUCUUAUAUCCUUUGUGUGAUGUGAUAGUGUAAAUAUUCCAAUAGUUGAAUUGCUGCUAUCCUGGCUCAGUUUGUUUCAUCUGUCUAGCAAAAUAAAUGAUUUGUUACCUGUC